AUGGUGUCGGCGAUGGCGACGUAUGAGGCGGGAAGGGAGUUGAGGGAAGAGGAACCGCAGGGUCGUUUCUCAAUGCCUUCGCACAGAAUUUCUGAUGAUCGGGAGGCCACGUCGCCUUCACAUUUCCGACACUCUUCUCUUUCUCCUCUAGCCCAGCCGCCUUCGCCGUUUCUCUCCCCCGUUCCCUCUCUCUGUUCCUCGCCCUCGUCUUCUCCCUUCCGUUCGUGGGCGCCCACCGCUGAAGAAGGGUGGCGAGGGCCUCGAGAAGUGCCGCCUCGCGGCGACUCUGCGCUUCCUUCUCAGGCGCCUUCGCCGUUUCCGCAGCAGCCUAUGGGAUUCCGGCAAAACGAAGGCGAACGCUCCUUCGUGGCCGCGAUGCAGCCUCGUGCAUCUGAGGCCGGUCGAAGCGGCGACGCGUUUCCGCGGCCGCGUCACGCGCGGGCCUCGAAGGAGGACGCAUGCACCUCUGCUCGUCAAUCGCGCAAUUCCUUCUCGUUUCCGCCGGUUGUUCCCGAGUCUCCGUUCUGCAAAAUCGGCUCCUCGUCCCUUUCCCUUCUCUCGAAGAAAACAGUCGCGCAGACGCCGUUCCGCGCCCCAAACUCUGCCUCGCCCGCAGCAGCGGCCCAGACACCCAGCGACCGUGUCGCCGGCGCCGCGGGCGAGGCCCGCCAGCCGGCUGCACUCCCUGUGCAGAUGGUUCCCGCGGUGUCUCGACUUCGCACGCCCUUCUCAGUUUCGCCGUCGCGCUUCAGCGGCCUGCACGGCACGCCGGGAAGAGGCCCCCUGCUGCUCAGCGAGCUGGACACGCCGUUCCACCUGGUGCGAAUGAACAAGGGAACGACGUUCCUCGCAGGGAGGCACGCGAAAACGGCCUUCCAGCCCGCGCCGGCUGCCGAACCUGCGCCGCCGUUUGUCGCAGAGACUCCCGGAGAGACGCCGGCGUCGCCGCACAGGCUCGAGCCGCCGCCGAGCGGCGCUGGAAGCCCCGACUUCCCGCCACAGUUCGCGGGAGAGAGAGAAGGAACCGGCAGCAGCAACCGAGACGUGGGGGGGAACGUCGAGCAGAACCUGGAGCGAGCCGGAAGUGGAACAAAAGCGAGGGCGGAAAGCGGCGCGAGAGAAGGCGAGGCCGGGGAACCAGCCGAGACACAUUCGUACAUGGCAUUUUAUCCAUCCGCCGGGGGCCCAGGAGAUCGGAAUGCAGACGGUCACGACGCCAGCGAACCGUUCCAGGGAUCCUACGACCGACUCUCAUCUCGCAGUGCCGGGUUGCCUGCUUUUUCCCGGAACGAAUCGCGCGGCUUUGCAGCGGACGGCGAAGGGCCCUUUGCUGGUUCUCGGUUCCAGAGAGGCGGGGAGAGGGAGGCAGAGGAAGGGCGAGACUUGGGAAGAAUGGAAGACGCGAGGGUGGGUGGCGACAGCGGGAGAGAGGCGCGGUCCGGCCCCGGAAAGCGCAGCGACGGCGGGAGAGGGAAAGAAAAUCUGUUCUCUGCCCCGUCGCCGACGAAUGCGGCGGCGGCGGAAAUCCUGCGUUCACGUCAACUCCUUCAAAAGGCGGAACGAAUGCUUCGCGCGUCGACUGUGGUGGCUGCGAGGGAGAAGCCAGAAGAAGGCAAAAGAAGUUUGAGUGAGCCGCGGCCGCAGAACUCUUCCGCGGGGCUUCCGAGGCCAAGUGACGAGGAAAAUGUCAUGUACGCAGCUGCUGGCGUGCAGCCAGACUCGGCUGUAUAUACACCGUCUUCCGUGCAUCCGCCGCAGAGCGCUGCUUUCUCGGGAGAAGCGCCUGACGCGUACCCGCCUCAGGGUGUACAUACACCUCACGGGAGGCGAGCCGACCCCACCGCGGCUUCCCUGCCGUCACGUCGGCCGCCUCCGAGAGAAGAGCUCGCUGCGUCUGCGUGGCGCGAAGCGGAACCUGACCCUGGAAGAAGACGGGACGAAGCGCAGCCCACCUCGAGCGACCGCGUCGCCGAAGGUUAUGCGUUUUCCGCUCCUCACAUGCAUCUGACGGAGGAAGACGCGCUGCGCCUGAAGAAGGAAGCCUCAGGCGCCAAUCCGCUUCUCGGCAGCUGGCUUUUGGAGCACGCAGACGGCGACAGAAAAAGAGAGACAGGCAGAGAAGAUGAAACUGGAAGGAGGGUAAGGGGGAACGAGGCCGGCGUUCAGGGAGAGGCAAAGGCCGAUGAAGCCCCCAGACAACACCCUAGCAGGUGCACGACUGCCGGAUCGGAACCGCUGUCGUCUUCUUCGUCUGGGCUCCACUCGACUGUGCAGCCAGGGGCCUUUCCCGACUCGCCGCAGACGGAGCGUGUCUCCCCUCCGGCUGUCUCCUCUCCGCAGAGACGGCGGGGCAGCGCUCGAGUGCUGCGAGGGAGAAGCCUGGAGGGGACGCAGUUCUCUUCUCUCUCGCAGAUGGGACACGGGAUGCUGUUUUCCCACGAUUCACAGGUGAUGGCUACCGAGCGAGCGAUCUUCCCGGGUAAAGGGGCUCGGUCGCCGUUCUUCCUCUCUGUAGAUUCACGCUUCACGGAAGCGAGAACUCAGUCCACUGCGGCCCCGCCAUCCGGGCUCUCAGGCUCUGCGUUGCUCGGCACCCACCCCGCAGCGCACAGGUUGGAACGUACAGACACCGCAGACCCGGUGCCCGCACUCGCCCUGCCGCCGGCCCGAUCGCAGGCAGGGAAGCAGGUGGACGGCGCCGCCCAUGCGUUCCGGGUGACGCCAGAACCGGAGCGUGCGCAAAGGGAGGCCGAGGCGACACCUCGCGGAGGGGCUGGCGCAUCCGUCGCGGCCCCGGAGGUGCAGUGGCCUUCAGAUCGGACCCUUGCAUGCAGCAGUGCAGGAGCGCGCGAGGAAGAGAGAGGGGAGGAAGACAGCUCCGUCAGAGCGAGGUGGGAAGAGGGGAUCGAGGCGGCAGAGAGAGAAGAGGACCAAGAUCGUCGGGGAGAUCGUUCCAGAGAGACCCGCAGUGACCCUCUCGAGCGUGACGCGUUUUCCCACUCUUCUUCUCACUCGGGUUUCUCGUCCUUGCAGCCCCAGCAGACUCCAAGGCUGGAUUCGAGCCCGCCGCUCUCUCCGCCUGGUUUCCGGCACUCGCCCUUUCCGCUGUCCCCUCGCCGAGAGACCGAAGGCCGUGGGGAACACCCACUCGCAUGCACUGCCGAUUUCGGCGCGCCGGCGGCGACCGACACCGAGAACACGCCGUCGCCCCUCUCAUUCCGGUCCGCCUCCUCGAAGAGCAUCUCGUCCUCGCCCUCGUCCCUCUACCACCGCGGCCUCGCUGCCCGCGGCCACUUUUCCUUCUCGUUCUUCUCCCCCUUCAGAGAUCGGGGACAGAGACGAGAAACUGGAGCGAACUCUGGGGGCACCUCCCCGGCUACGGGCUCGAUGUCCCCUCACCUUGAGUUCGAUGCCGGGCGAGGUGUACCUACACCCCGGCGUCGGGACGAGACAGUUGACACCGGGCAGCGAGACUAUCCGCGCCGCGGGGAACGACCCGACCCUUCCGUCUCUGCGUCUUCGUGCUGUGCUGAGAGCGAGGCGGCGGCGACAGAAUCCUGCGGCGGGUCUGCUCACCCUGGUUUCGUCCAUCCAGGCAUUGACUCUUUUCGAGAUGCAAAGAAUGGUCUUUCCGUUUCUGCCUUUCCUCGACAUGUUUUCCAUACUGAAGAAGGCUGCGGGGACAGAGGCGCCGCGACUUCAGCCGGCAGAGGAGGAGCUGUACAGACGGAAGGAGGCGCAGCUUUUCCCGACUCUUCUCUCCAAGAAAACGCGCCUCACAGACCGCUCCCUGGAGCGGCGACAGCAGCCCAGCAGUACCAGGAGCAGGGGGCCGAAGCUAGUGAAGAAGGGGACGGCGGCGUCUUUUCCCCGGAAAGAGGAGGCCCGGCUCUAUGGGGGGAGCGGGGCCCAGAAGGCGAGCGGGACACCACAUGUUCGCAAGAACUUCGAAAUUCUAAUCACGCGCGGCCGGCUACUUUGCAUGCGUCUACGCUCUCGUCUGCGUCGCCGUUCGCGCGGAGAGACGCGGUUCCGAUGGCUGGUCAGGCGGAACACCUACACGAAGAAGGAUGCUGGAGACCUGGCGACGAGGAGACAGGGCGAAGGACGUGGGGCCAGGCGCCGCGGGAGGAAGACUUUUUGCAUGCGCGAGGCCGCGACCCGUAUUUCGUGUCGAUCAUGCAUCCGACAGAGCGAGACGCGAAUGGCCGCCCAGAGUUCCUCUCCACGACUACGCGGACUUCCGCCUUCCAGUCCCUGGCUCGCAGUGGUGAGGUGUAUGUACACCAGGAAUCGCAGGGGAAAGGAGCUUCCGGCGCCGCGGUGUACAGCUUCGAGCGAAGGGAAGAGCCAACGCCUUUCCGCGGACGACAGAUCAGUCCCUUUGAACAGAGCCUCCAGGCUCUCCACGAAGAUUUCCUCGAUCACUUCUCUCAGACUCCCAGAGUCCAUGCAACAGCAUCUGGGUCCGUGGAAGUCGGCGCUCCACUCGUUCCUUCCUCGCAAUUCCUCCACGGCUUUUCGACGACGUCCCCUUCUCGUUUUCCGGCAGCGAGCAGAGAGGGUCGGGCCGAAGAGCUCGAGCUUAGGUCGAGGGACGGCGCUGCCCAUUCCGACGAUGGGCGAUUCGCCGGGGCUUUUUGGAGAGCACAUGCAGAGACCGAGAGCCGAGUACCUGGUUGCCGAACCUCCAUGUCGGCAUUUCCGGCUUCAGGCUCUCACGGGCGCCCAGACGUAGACCGUCUUGACAAUUUUGAAGAAGACAUCGACGACGAUGUGGCGCAAAUUCUUCCCAUGGUACAGUUUGUGAACGCCGAGCUUGUGGCGGCGGGCUUCGAGGUCUUGCAUGCAGACUUUCCGGCCUCCCUCGCGCCUGGCUUUUCGCAGGGUGGGGUUGACGGACGGGGCCUUCGAGCGGGUGAAAGAAUGUCUCAAGGCGGAGACGAGAGACCGUCGCCAGCAGCAGCGGCGAGACCGGUCGGCCACGCGGCUGGGGGCCGCGUCAGGAAUCAAGGCCCCCCUGCGUACGCUUCUGCGAAUGGAGGAUCCCACCCGUCGACGGAGCACAGAGACGGAAUGGGAAGAGGAACUGGAGAUGAGAACGGAGAAAAGGACGAAACUGUGGAAAGGAGAGCGAUGCAGCCUUUUGAGGGACUGGGCGGUGGCGAACAGGAGCAGAGGCGGACGCCGAGAGCGGCUAACGACCAGGCACACUUGUCUCUUCGGGACACAGGGACCAUGAGCAAGAACGCAACGGAUGAGGCGUACAUCCAAUCUGAGGUGUAUGUACACCGCGUCCUCGAAGCCAUGACCGACAAGUUACACGAGGUACUUGCGGCGUAUCGGACGCGAGGCGAACGAAUGGGCGAACUGCGCAGAGAAGCUGCCACAGCUGCAGGACUGACAGCCAAGUGUAAUGAGUUGAAGGAAGAGAAGGACGUGGCAGCCAAGCAGAUCUCGUCGCUUCGGAGUCGGGUGACCGAAGUGGAGCGGGAGAAGGCGGAGCUCGCAGGGGCGAUGGCGGAGCAAGCCAGUCUCGCUGCACGCUUGCAAGAAGCGGAGAAGGCGGCACAGGCUCUCCGCGGUCAGGCGCGACUCCAUCGAAACCAGCUGCGGCAGAAAGAGCUCGAGAAGGAGCGGCUCGCCGAGCGACUGGAGACGGUCCUUCGGGAGGAGCAGUCGCGGGAGACCCGUGCGCGACGCGCCCUGGAGUCUCUGGUGUCUCCGUCCGGGCCUUUUGCGUCUUCUCGGCGCCUCGAGAGAGGCGAGAAACACGAGACGUUGACGAGGCGACCGGAGCGGGGAGCGCUGGCGGUUAAGAACGCGAACAAGCUGCUGGUCGAGGUCGCGCAGCACUACGAAGGCAAGGUGAAGGCGUUGCAGCGGGAGAUCGCUUCCCUCUCGCACGCCCUAGAGGUUUCAGCGCUCGCCGUCGAGGCGGAAAAGAGCAACAGAGAAACCGGCUGGUCAGGCCGGGGCACUGGAAGCGACCGGAAUUCACGAGGGGCUCUUGCGCCGUUGGACGAAUUCGAAGAGCGAGAUGCCUGCAUGCACUUCACAACUGUCCACACCCAUCCUGAGACGUGGAGUGAGCAACGGAAGCACCAGGCGGCUCGACGCAGCCGCUCCCAGAAAACGCGCGUCUCUGGAUCUGUGCCGUCGCUCCUGUCAGCGGACGCCGAGAACAAAGCGUCUUCCGUUUGGACCGUCGAUUUCAGGGGAGACGCAGAUGGCGAAGAAGCCAAACAAGAAGAGAGAAGCGGGUUUUCGGCAGUGGGGCCGAGCCCCGCGAGCGACGGACGGGGAAUGCCUUCGGCGGUCGCCCACGCCGCGCAAAGGCGGUCCCGGAGCCUGGCGGCGUCGUUCACGACGAGGGAGAGAGACGCUGGGUGUCUCGAUGCGCGAACGCGUUUCUCUCUCUCGUGCUGCUCCGAGGGAAGGGGUAGGCGGAUGCGGGACAGAAGCGACGGAGGCGAAGGAUCUUUCCCCCUCUUAAACGGAUGCGUCCAACCAGACAUCCACAUGAGCCGCGUCCUCGAACAAGUCAAAGACGAGAAAAUACGCUUUGUGGAUUUGCAACUGCAGGAAUCAUUUCGGUUAUGGUAUGGCACGUAUUGGCUGCUGAACGUUUGCGUUGACUGGUUGCAGCUCGAAGCUCGGUUGGCCCGGUCGCGCCGCGAUGAAGAGGAAACACAGCGGCUUCGCGUGCGCAUUGUGGAGCUCCAGAGUCGCGUGGAGGAGCUGGAGGCCGAUCUCCUCACUCGCCCCACAAACGAGGCGCACCGCCAGCUGCAGCAGCAACUCCUCGACCUCCAGGAUGAGUUGAAUCCGAAGAAACAGGAGAGCUGGCGACGUGCGGAGCCGCGCAGCCUCAUGCGCCAGGAUCGCCUUCAGCAUAAACUGCGCUCUUCGACAGUCGAGUUGAGAAACGAAGAACAUGUCGCUCUUCUUCAGAGGUGCUGUCUCGCCCUUAACUGCUCUCAUCCUGAAACGCUCCCCGCAGCCAUCAAGCGCGUCGCAGCAACUUCUCACAGGCUGCCUCCUCUUGAGCGCUUCUUCGAGUUCGUUACCCUUCUCGCCGCGGGAAGGCUGCCAGCCGCUUCAGAGGCAGAUGUCAUCCUCUCCAGUCUCGUGGCCAUGAGCACGGCCCGCCAUGCGCACAAAAACUACUUGCAGCUGCGGCGGGCCUUUGCGCAGGCCGUCCAGCGCGAUCUCGCGGGGACGCACUCGCGGUCUUCCGCGGCAUUUUCCUUUUCUGCUUUCGAGGAAGACCUCGAAGACAUGCAGGACACACACGCUCAGCAGUUUCAGCGCCUGCAACAGGCGCAGCUUGCUGGCUCUUCCUCCUCUGCCGUCUCGGGAAACGACGCGCGCGAACGACGCGUCAAGGAGACACUCUCGCUCCUCCGCAUGCAACACCAGGACGCGACAGCCUUGUUCCAGAAGGCGGCGCAGGAGGAGACACAAGCCCUGAGGUGUCUCCUGGCUCCUCGCGCUUCCUCGCGUGGGCGGCGAGCGGCGAGCACGAAUGCCUCGGACGCAUGCAGAGGGGGAGAAGAAGUGGGAAGCGGGGGCGACGGCUCGCGAGGCGGAGUGGAAGAGAAAGAGCUAAUGCACGCGUUGCGGAAGCGACUCGCCUUCUCCACCGCCGAGGAGUGCGCCAGCAAAGUGCAGGCAGCUCUAGGAAGGGUCGAUGCCCUUGCAGGGUUCUUCCGAAUUCUCUGUGACAUGCUUGAAAUCCCAACGGCAGGUGCCACGUUUGCGCAGGUUGAGGCAGCUGUCGCGAGUCUCAUCAAGGAGAGUCAGGAGCAGCAGGCGUUGCUAGAGGAGCAACAAAAGCAUCUCCUCCAGCAGCAUAACCUCCUGGUGUCUCUCCAGCACUCUGUCUACUCUCCACCGCUGCCGACGAUUCGUGAGGCAAAGGGCGAGGACGAGGAGGAAGAGAGAGAAGGCAGCCCCAAGACGGCGGAAAGCGGCGACGACGAAACGGGAAUUCCAGGUGGGGGUGAUGAAGCCCCGCCGAAUCAAGGCACUGGAGGAGUCAGUUCCAGAGAACGGAGUCGGGCGGAACCUCGAGAUGUGUCUCCAAACGGUGAGGGAAUCGACGAAGAGAAGCGAGAAGAGAGACAGACGGAGAGCGAGGCUCACACAGUUGCGGCAGUCGCGACGGUCAACGCCCUCCAGCAACUCCUCAAGGUCGACCGUGCGACGCUUAUUCUCCCGAAGCUCAGCGAGAUCUUGGGGAGAGUCCAGCGGCUCACAAAUGCCCCCCCUCUCUCGCCCGAGCCGUCAUCGGCGCAUUCGGCGUCGCAGCCACGCCUAGAAGCAAACGGGGGGCCGGACGAGUAA